GGCCAUUGUUCUCGUUGGCCCACUCCGCUCCUCGCCUCCUAUCACCCCGUGGCCCGCGCGGCCGCCUUGCCCCUUGCCCCUCCCGCCGCCGCGUCGCCUCCUUCGCGGCCACCGCUCAAAUCGAAACCGCAGCACAAUCCAAUCGCGGCCACCGCAGCCUACUCCUCUCGGCCGCGGACCCGUGCCCUAGCUAUUUCUCCGCGAGUCUGCGAGGCGCUGCGCCCCGGAGCUAGGGUUUAGGGCCCGGGGCCCAUGGAAUUUGGGGAGGACGGCGCCCAGUGGCCGCAGCCGCGAGGCGAGGCUGCCGAGGCGUUGCCGCCGAUGCUGUCUGACCGCGGCGAGGUCGCCUCACCGCGCUUCGAUUCGUCUCGUGCUCUAAGAUUGCUGAGAGAUCUUGGCACACAUGUAACAGAAGAUUUGGUUGUGCUGAUGCCAAAUUUGCUGUCAUUUUUGAAGCAUGAUGACCCCGCGGUUGUUAAGCAAUCUAUAGCUAGUGGGACAAAUUUAUUUGCUGCUGUAUUGGAAGAGAUGGCACUUCAGAUUAACAAGUGUGGGAAAAUUGAUGCUUGGCUUGAAGAGAUGUGGGAUUGGAUGAAGCAGUUCAAAGAUGCAGUCCGUUGUGUGAUACAUGAGCCCGGCCCUAUUUCAACUAAACUACUCGCUGUAAAGUUCGUUGAGGUAUGGAUCUUGUGUUUCACACCUCAAGUCAACAGUGAUCAAAUACAGCCAAGUGAAGGAAAAUCCCGGAGAUUUGAUACUUCACGAUUAUCUCAGUUUCAUCCUAGCCUUGAUCCUGUUGUUCUGGAGGCUGAUGCAAACAGAGCUCUCAUCCUCCUACUGGAUAUUCUGCAAUCGGCUUAUGCUUAUCGAGGGUCCUUCCUAGUUGGCACCAUUAACUCUCUUGCAGCGGUUGUGAAGAAUCGGCCAAUUUACUACGACCGCGUGCUGCCAGUGUUGCUUGAUUUUGACCCUGGCUCGGAGACAACAAAAGGAGCCCAUGCAGCAAGCCUGCGGUAUUCUCUAAGAACAGCUUUUUUGGGGUUUCUACGGAGUCCUCACCCCGCAAUGAUUGAGUCCAAAGACAUAUUGGUAAGGCAGCUUCGGGCUCUGAGCCCUGGUGAUGCAAUAGAUCAAAUUAUUAGGCAGGCAGAGAAGAUGUCUAGAAAUGUAGACCGUGCUUCUCGUUCUAGCAAGGAUGUGCCUCCAACAUGGGAGAUGCCUUAUGGAGAUAUUAAUCGGAAGAAGCCUGCUGCCAGAUCAAGUGAUGUUCUUGCUAUGUCUGAUGGCGUAGCUAAGAGAGCAAGAUUCGACACAUCUGCCAUUUCAAAUCUGCCAGUUCAGGGAUCCUCUGAUUAUUCUGAUAUGCAGGUUGACAAUGAUGCCAAUUUGGGUCAUUCGUCUGAUCCAGCUAUCUUGAAUAGUGAUGUGUCUCCUGUUGAGAAGAUGAUUGAAAUGAUUGGUGCUUUACUUGCUGAAGGAGAAAGAGGUGCUGAGUCCCUUGAUAUUCUUGUCUCAACAGUAGAGGCAGAUGUCAUGGCUGACAUUGUAAUAGAAACAAUGAAACAUAUACCAGAACCUCCAUUUCCUUUAGCAACAAAUAACGGUGUCCAGCAACCAGUUUUUAAAUCUUCCUCCACUCCACCAACAGAGAACCUGCCAUCCAGUCCAGACUCGUCGCUGUUUGCUGCACAGUUAACACCCACAGCAGAUGCAGCAAGCAUGUUACCAUCUGAUGCCUUUGUUAUUCCUAGUGUUCAUGAUACUAAGCGUGACCCAAGAAGGGACCCUCGUCGCCUUGAUCCACGGCGUACAGUUUCACAUGCUGCUACAAGUUCGAUACAGGCGAAGGUGGAAACCAAUAAUGUGCAUCAGAUGGAUAAUUUACCAAAUACACCUUGCUCCAGUUCUGGGAAGGUUGAAAACUAUUUGGAUUAUUCAGGAGAUUUACUGAAAACUGAAGAUGAACAGCACACAUCUUCUCAGCCCAAUCAAACAGUUUCCAAAGACAAGUCUGAGCUUCUGGAUGUUGCCACCGAACCAGAGCCAACCUUUGAAGUCGUGGCACCAGUGGAUGCUGGGUUAAAUUCUUCUGAUGUCGAUGAAGAGAUGGUUAAUCCCUUGUCUUCAGAAGUUACUUCACUUGAUGAAUCUGAUAGUGUGGAUUUGGAGGUUGACCCCUUUUUACCAGUUCCCACGGCUUCAACACCGGAGGAUACUGAUCAUGACUUGCCAGUUAUUCCAUCUCAUUUGGAAUUAAGCGUCAAAGAGAAAAUCUCAUUGAACAAAGAAGCAAUUAGGCGGAUAAUUGCUGAUUACAAGAAAAACAGUCUUAAUGCAAGAUUUUCUUUGCUUGCUCAUUUGAUUGCCCAGAGUGCUGAUGAUGAUAAUAUUAUGGAUUUGAUUCAGAGGCACAUUAUCUUUCGUUGUAAUGAUCAGAAGGGGUACGAACUGGCAAUGCAUGUGCUAUAUCAGCUGCAGAGUAUCAAUGUUGCUGAUUCGCCAGAAAGCUCUACGCCUGCUUCUAAACAUUACGAGAAAUUCUUUAUAUCACUUGCGAGGUCCAUGAUUAACUCACUGCCUGCUUCAGACAAGUCUUUUUGCAAACUUAUAUGUGAUGCACCAUACCUGCCAGAGUCUUUGUUUAGAUUACUGGAGGGUCUUUGCAUGUCACAAGGCAACAGCCAACAAAUAAAGGACGGGGAUGGUGACCGAGUCGCCCAAGGCCUGGGAACUGUAUGGAACCUUAUCUUAGGGCGGCCUCCACUUCGACAUGUUUGCUUGGAUAUUGCUCUGAAGUGUACCGUCCACUCUCAAGAUGAAGUCAGGGGAAAGGCAGUUAGAUUGGUUGCAAAAAAGCUCUAUGAUCUAACAUAUGCAACAGAAAGAAUCGAGCAGUUCGCCACAGAAAGUCUUGUAGGAGUUGCUAAGCAUGUGGACACAGAUAUUAAUUUAACAUGCUCAAAAGAAUCUACAGCUGAGUUGGAGGUAGGCACUCAAGAAGCUUCAGGUAGUGGCUCCCAGAUUCCAGAUUCUGGACCUUCUGAAAGUGGGUCAUCCAAGACAUCAUUGAUUUCACUGAAACAAUCAGCAAUAUCUGUAUCUGAGGCGAAAUGCCGUACUUCGUUGUUCUUUGCGCUUUGCACAAAGAGGCCUAGCCUUCUUCAACAUCUGUUCAAUGUUUAUGGAAGGUCUCCAGAAGUUGUCAAGCAGUGUAUUCAUUGGCAUAUACCCAGCCUUGUAAGAAAUCUGGGGUCCUCAUGUCCUGAGAUGCUGGACAUCAUUCAUAAUCCACCUGAAGGCAGUGAAGGUCUUGUUACCUUGAUACUGCAAACAUUGACCGAAGAAUCAAAUCCUUCAGCCGACCUAGUUGCGGCUGUUAAACAUUUAUAUAAGACAAAGCUGAAGGAUGCAUCUAUUCUCAUUCCUUUGCUAUCUUCAUUUCCGAAGGAAGAGGUAUUGGCCAUAUUUCCGAGGCUAGUUGAUCUCCCGCUUGGCAGAUUCCAAGAUGCACUUGCUCGGAUAUUGCAGGGAACCGCUCAUACCGGUCCAGCAUUAACUCCUGCUGAAGUUCUGAUUGCGAUUCAUGAUAUUAACCCUGAAAAGGAUAAAGUUGCCCUGAAGAAGGUCACAGAUGCUUGCACAGCUUGCUUUGAGCAGCGUACGGUAUUUACUCAUCAAGUUUUGGAAAAAUCGCUGAAUGAAUUGGUUGACAGAGUACCAAUUCCUCUUCUUUUUAUGAGAACAGUUAUUCAAGCGCUUGAUGCUUUCCCAGCUUUGGUUGAUUUUGUCAUGGGAAUACUCUCCAGGCUCGUCAAUAAGCAGAUAUGGAGAAUGCCAAAGCUGUGGGUUGGGUUCUUAAAAUUGGCAUUCCAGAUUCAGCCACACUCUUUUGAUGUCUUAUUACAGCUACCUCCACCACAGCUUGAAUUUAUGUUGAAUAAGUAUCCCAAUCUUCGAACACCUCUUUCUUCAUUUGUUAAUCAGCACAACAUGCAGAACACCUUGUCCAGACAGAUUUUGAGAAUUCUGGGCUUCUUUAAUGAACCACAGCAGGCACCAGUGUCAUUUGUGCCUGCUACGUUACAAACAGCGGAUGCGACCUCUCUUCCUGGUGCAACCCAGAUGUGAAAUAUGAUGUUGUUGUACCAAUCAGAUGCAAGAAAGCUCAAAGCACAUACAGCGCCUUGUAGACAGUAGUGAUAUGGGUGUGGAACGGGGCACGGAUUAAGAGUGCUGUCUAUCUGAUGUUUCUGCAGUUUGCAAUGACUGGAGUCGCUAUAAGCAACGCCUAUAGCAACUCCACAAGGAGAUGUUAACAACAGGCGAUGUUGAAAGGAGCCACUGAGAUGAUUGUUUGGAGUGAGGUCCACAAUAUUUGUGCUGGAGGGUUUACUCAAGUUGUAUAGUAGCUGUACUGUUAUGGUAAAAUGUAGUUCCAUCGUCGUAGUUCUGGGUGUCCUGCAAUUGCAGGCUGAGGCAAAGCAAAAAGACAGAGCUUAUGCUGUUUACAGGAAAGCGAGCGAUAUUUACCGGAUGACCAUCAUGUCUUCUACCAGACAAGGAAGUAGGAUUGCUGCAGCUGCAUUCCUUAAAUAGGGAGCUGGCAUUUAUCUAAUUUACUCUAA